AUGUACCAAGAAAUGGGAUAUGCCAGCAAGAUGCGCUCUCUGCAGCGACAGCCAUCCGGCAAACUACAGCUGCUGCCCUACAAGACUGAAGGUGAUGUUGAAAUUAAAGAUGCAGUGAAGACUUCACUUGUACUAUUCACAGUUGAUUUUGAACAACUGACAGACGAGGAAUGGAACAUCUGCUCAGAACUCUGCUCUGUGUUGAAGCCAUUUGCACAGGUUUCAACACAGCUUAGUGCUGAGUCAUAUCCUACUGGCAGCCAAGUUAUUGUUCUGACAAGGGGAUUAUUAUCAGUGUGUGCAGAACUUUUGAAAAGGCCAUUUAACAGUGUGACAAGGACUAUCAUUGAAGAAUUAACAAAAGGCCUGAAGGACCGUUUCCACAAUGUAGAGAGGAGCAAAUCUAUAGGAGUAGCCACUCUACUAGAUCCACACUUUAAAUCUCUUGUGUUUGAAAGUCGAGUUGCAGCAGAUAAUGCAAAGAAACAGCUUAUUGAACUAGUAGCACAAAAGAUGGGUGACAGAAGACUGACAAAAACAGGCCUGAGCCAUGAAACUGUGUCAACUUCAACCACCACUGAUCCCUUGUCAGUAUGGGGUGUCUAUGAUGCAAUUGUAAAAUCAACACAGCCCCAGGGCACUCCUCAGUCAGCUGCUAUUGUGGAUGUACAAAGGUACAUGGGCAGCCCAGUUAUUACUAGAAGUGAGGAUCCACUGGCAUGGUGGCAUGAAAAUCAAUAUAUUUUCCCAAAUAUUGCUAAAGUGGUGAGGGAAAAAUUCAAUAUAGUGGCCACUUCUGUGCUGUGCGAAAGAAUAUUUUCUAAAACUGGUAUCAUUAUAAAUGAAAGGCGAACACGGCUGAAGGCGUCCAAAGUUGAAAAACUUAUAUUUCUAAAUGUGAACAGUACUAACUCCUGA